UUUUUUCGGGGUGUUUGUUGUUUUCACCCAAACAAGAGGCUGUUCUCAGGUCGACGCCGAGACGUGCCUACCAGUCAACCUAUGGCUAGUUUGGAGGAGGGUAAAAUGAUCCCAGAUCAGUGUCUGUUUCAGUGUCAUGCCAUCCCCUAUCGCGCUGCUAGGUGCGCGGCAGCCUCGCGAUAGCCUCGCCUACCAGAAUCAAAGCUCCGCUCGCGAACUGGAUGCUGACAGGCGGGCGGUGUGGUCGUCAUGCAAAGGUUACAUUGGAUCCGUUUCAGCGAGACUCUAGAGAAGCUGCUCCUCCGCCGGACCCGCACGGAGCACAACAUGCGAGACGUCUAGCAACACCCCAAAAAACACACACAGGCGCCCGGACUCACGUUUACCGGCCUGUUCGGCUACAGCAGGUGUCAAACGAUGGACGAAAGUUUGGGAUUUCCGCAAACGGCAGUGUGUACGCUGGCUCCUCUCGGCGCUAAAGUGGCUUCAUGAGUGUCCAAAGUAACAGUGGAAGUGGUGGUGGAAGUUUGGAGGCGACGCCAUCUUGGUCGCAGCUCUCCUCGUCCCCAACGAUUUCUCAACAACAUAUAACGGCGACCGCAAAGAGCAAGGAAGGCCCCAUGGAGGAGCUGCACAGCCUGGACCCCAGGAGACAGGAGUUGCUGGAGGCCAGGUUCACAGGAGCUGUCAGUGGCAACACAGGAGGCAGCACUGGGAGUACCAGUGGAGGUGCUAAGGGUCUGGCCAAUGAGUCUUCUAACCACAGCUAUGGCAGUCUGGGCUCAUCUAGUGACAAGGAAUCAGAGAACUCUGAUAUGAAAAGAGGGAGCUCCCCUGCCUACUCAACCCCGGAGAAAAAGCACUCAGAAUCGUCCAGGGGGAGGAAAAGGAAAGCUGACACCUAUUCAGAGAGCAGUCAAGGGAAGACCUCCACACGUGGGCCCAAGAUCAGCGACUACUUUGACUUUCAGGGUGGGAAUGGUUCCAGUCCAGUCAGAGGCCUCCCAUCAGCGCGCCGCUCUCCACAGAACUCACACUCUGCCCCAGGCUCAAUCAUCAGGCAGAAUAGCUCCUCUCCUACAAGUCUGUGCUUUGGUGAACACAAUCCUAAAGCCUCUUCCAGCAAGUGUGUCCAGACCGAGCUAACAGGGCUGAAACUCGCUGCUCUGGAGAGCAACAAGAGUCUGGACCGAAAAAAAGAGGGGCGAAUAGAUGACCUGCUCAGAGCUAACUGUGACCUUCGAAGGCAGAUAGAUGAGCAGCAGAAACUCCUGGAGAAAUACAAGGAGAGGCUCAAUAAGUGCAUCACCAUGAGCAAGAAACUACUUAUAGAGAAGAGCACCCAGGAGAAGCAGUCGUGUCGUGAGAAGAGCAUGCAGGACCGUCUCCGUCUCGGCCACUUCACUACUGUCAGACACGGAGCGUCCUACACGGAGCAGUGGACGGACGGAUACGCAUUCCAGAACCUGAUCAAGCAACAGGAGGGCAUCAACCAGCAGAGGGAGGACAUAGAGCGACAGAGGAAGCUGCUGGCCAAGAGGAAGCCUCCAAACCCUGCAUCUCCCUCCCUCUCGGUUGCCUCCACUUCUGAAGCCAAGCAGCGGAAAGCUAAGGUGGUCAACGGCAACGACUCGGACCCGUUUCUCAAGCCCUCCUUGCCCCAGCUACUGACGCUCGCUGAGUACCACGAGCAGGAAGAAAUCUUCAAGCUUCGCCUUGGACAUCUGAAGAAGGAGGAAGCAGAGAUCCAGGCAGAGCUGGAGCGGUUGGAGCGCGUGAGGAACCUCCACAUCAGAGAGCUGAAGAGGAUAAACAACGAGGACAGCUCAGCGUUUAAAGACCAUCCUACCUUGAAUGAAAGGUACCUGCUGCUGCACUUGCUGGGCCGGGGCGGCUUCAGUGAAGUCUAUAAGGCUUUUGACCUGUUUGAGCAGCGCUACGCAGCUGUUAAAAUCCACCAGCUCAACAAGAACUGGAGAGAGGAGAAAAAGGAGAACUACCACAAGCAUGCAUGCAGGGAGUACCGGAUACACAAGCAGCUGGACCAUCCCAGAAUAGUCAAACUGUAUGACUAUUUCUCCCUGGAUACUGACACGUUCUGUACAGUUCUAGAGUUCUGUGAAGGCAACGACCUGGACUUCUACCUGAAGCAAAACAAGCUGAUGUCGGAGAAGGAGGCACGCUCCAUUGUCAUGCAGAUUGUCAGCGCCCUGCGCUACCUCAACGAAAUCAAACCCCCCAUCAUCCACUACGACCUCAAACCUGGUAACAUCUUAUUGGUGGAUGGAACUGCAUGUGGAGAAAUCAAAAUCACAGACUUUGGCCUGUCUAAGAUAAUGGAUGAUGAUAACUAUGGUGUGGACGGGAUGGACCUCACAUCCCAGGGGGCAGGAACCUACUGGUACCUUCCUCCAGAGUGUUUUGUGGUGGGGAAGGAGCCACCUAAAAUCUCCAACAAGGUGGACGUCUGGUCCGUGGGAGUGAUCUUCUUCCAGUGCCUCUACGGACGCAAGCCGUUUGGUCACAACCAGUCACAGCAGGAUAUUCUCCAGGAAAACACCAUCCUCAAAGCCACAGAGGUCCAGUUCCCUGCUAAACCACAGGCUAGCACAGAGGCCAAGGCAUUUAUCCGACGCUGUCUGGCUUACCGCAAGGAGGACCGCUUUGAUGUUCACCAACUGUGCUCGGACUCCUACCUCCUCCCUCACAUGAGACGUUCAAACUCCUCCGGCUCCCUGCAGCCCUCCGCCUCAUCUCUCCCUACCUACUGACUGGCUCUCUCGCAAUAUUCAAGGGACUCUCUGGCCAAUCUCAAGGCAGGAUUGUUGAAAUCUGAAGAUAAUGGAUACGGCUCUUUUUUUUUUUUCUUUUUU